AUGUCGGCGUCCUCAUCGCGCGCAGCGAGCAUAGCGCCGAGCGCGGCAGCGGACGCCGCGACGGACAUCUACAGGCCGAUAGCGGCGCAGGUGCAGAAACCCCUCGCGCCCCUCCUCCCCGACUCGUCCUCGUCCAAUGCCCCGCCAAACCUCCCCACCCUCCUCGACGUCGACGGGGUCACAUACUCGUCCCGCGUAUCAGGCAAGACGCUCAUGCUCACCGACCUCCCGUCGGCCGGGCCCAGCGCGCUCGUGACGGGCAAGAAAAGGAACAGGGGCGACGCCAAGUCGCGCGCUGCGGCGCGCGCCGAGGCCGAGGGCAUUGAGAAGGCUAGGCGGGACGCCGGGGUCGUGGGGCAUCGGGGGCGGAAACCCGUCACUGUCCUCUCGCGCUCUUCGCGCAUCGACUACGCCGCGCUCCUCCCGCUACACUACCUCCACAACGCAUACCUCGCGCAAACGCUCUCCCUACCGCCCUACGACGGCAGCAGCACGCCCCGCAUCCCCAGUCCAGAUGCACUGCAGGGAAAGCUCGCCAAAGCGGAUUUCACGGGCGCGCAACUGCGCGUGCUGGCGGCACGUAACCCGUCGCUCGUCGGGGUCGAGGGCAUAGUGGUGGAAGAGACGGCCAACAGCUUCCGCCUGCUGGCGGCUGACGACCGGGUGCGCGUCGUCCCCAAACCCGGCGCGCAGUUCACAAUCACGUUUCCCGCGUGCGCUAUGCCCGCCGGCGAGGAGGAUGUGGAGGCGUUCGUCGCCAAGUGUCCCCAGAUCGCGGUGGAUAUCGUCGGCGCAAGCUUUGCGUUCCGGUCUGGCGACCGCGCAGGCCGCAAGUUCCGCCCUGCGCAGGGCGGGGGCGGCGGCAGCGGCUGGGCUGAGGAGUGGGUCGAGGGCGAGUGGUCGACACUGCUCCGCGGCCUCGAGGGGGACGCGCCGGCCAAGAUUCCCAGCGGUAGGAGGAAGAAGGGCAAGAGCAGGCGAAAGGACCCCCUCGCGCACGGCUCGGUCCAGGUCUUCACAUAGUUGGCUCACGCUCGACCAGUUUCAACUGUAUGCAUUGUACAUUA